AUGGCCCGGCGCUGGGCGCGCCGGCUCGAGCGCACAUGCUGCUCGAUCGUCAAGUACUUUCCAUUACUGUUCGUCUAUGGCUUGACAACAUGGGCCGUCGUGACGAUUAUCAACAUUGGCAAUGAAGAUACCAACAUUAUGUGGCAAGGUAAGGCUUCCUCCGCCGUCGGAAUCGCCAUCUACCUCCUCGCAAACUGGUCCUACACCAUUGCCGUCUUCACGCCCGCCGGCUCGACCACGACGACCGAAGGCUACGGCAUGCUGCCCACGGCCCAACCCAAUCGCCCCGCGACGACGUCCUUAACCGUCAAGAGCAACGGCGAGCUGCGCUUCUGCAAGAAGUGCCAGGCGCGCAAGCCCGACCGCGCGCACCACUGCUCCACUUGCAAGCGGUGCGUCCUAAAGAUGGACCACCACUGCCCGUGGCUCGCGACCUGCGUCGGGCUGCGCAACUACAAGGCCUUCCUGCUCUUCCUCAGCUAUACCACGCUGCUUUGCUGGUACGCCUUCGCCGUUAGCGGAACCUGGGUGUGGACGCAGGUCAUCAGUGGCAUCACGCAGGAGGUGGACAACCUCAUGCCCGUCAACUACAUCAUGCUGUCCGUCAUGAGUGGCAUCAUCGGUAUCGUCCUUGGCAUCUUUACCGGCUGGCACAUCAUGCUCUCGAUGCGCGGGCAGACGACGAUCGAGUGUCUCGAGAAGACGCGCUACCUCUCGCCGCUGCGGCGCUCCUACAACCUGGCCCACGACCCCCAGAACCAGUUUCACCCUGUCGCGCAGCAGAUUGUCGACUUCCACACCGCCGCGCUACCAGGUAUCACGGCACCCGAGGAGGGCGAGGAGCAGCGCUGGGCCCAAGAUCGGCCGACGGCCUACCGCAAACUAACACCAUCCUCGCCAUUGCCGGGUGGUGGCCCGCCCCCGCGGCAGCGCUCGUACGCGGAGAUGGAGCGCGAGCAGAGCCGCCGGCGCUACGAGGAGUACCUCGACGAGCGGGACGCCGAGAAGCUGCCUAGCGCCUUCGACCUCGGCUGGCGCAAGAAUAUGACGCACCUGCUAGGCCCGACUCCGGCGCUGUGGCUCUUCCCAAUCUGCAACACGACCGGCGACGGAUGGGCGUGGGAGGCGAGCCCCAAAUGGCUCGAGGCCUGCGAUCGGGUGCGUAUCGAGCGGGAGCGCCAGCGCCAACGAGAAAUCGAUGCCGGCUGGGGCGAGGCCGGGCCUCCCCCGGAGCCGCCGUCCUACUACGGCCAGCCACAGCCGCAGCAGCAGCGCCAGCCAGCCAGCAAGGCGGACCGCCUGCUUGGCCGCGACCCGAACCUGUACGUGGACCCUCGCCCCAACGGCAAUGGCUACACCAUGCCGCUGCGACGUCUCAGCCCGCGAGGGCGCACCAUCGAGGAGGAGCUCGAAGACAUUGACAACGACCUCGUCGACUCCGACGAUGAGGAGCCGCAACCACAGCCGCGGCGGCCAGGCGGCGGCAGCAGCGGCCCGGCGCGUAUGAACAGCAACGGCAGCAGCGGUGGCCACUGGGGCCGCGGCGGCGCGAGCGGCGUGCUAAGGGGUGGCGGUGGCGGUCAGACGACGACGCCCAAGCGUACGAAUACUGAAGACGCGGGGAGCUAUGAGGACGAGGGUGUAGACUAG